AUGGAUACUACAUUCUCCAAAACAGUCCUAAACAUUACUCUUCAGUGUGGAGGCAUUGAAAAGCUGAUCAAGAAACGCAAGAGUGCACCAGUCUACUACGUGACCAUUGAGGAUACAUAUGACAUCAUCAAGAGGGCACAGAUUGCAACAGGGCAUGGUGGACCUGACAGAAUGAAGUGCAAUCUUGGGUCAAAUUGUCCUUUGGAUAUGCAGUCAUUGCCUCAGGCUCAGUUCAAGUGGAUCAUGGUCUACCAGUACCACCCCACCAAGUUUGUCAUACUUUGGGCACUUACAUCAAAUAGAGCUGCUGAAGUUGCCUUUCAACUGCCUGAUAUAUUCCUUUUGUUUGGAGCUCCUGCCAUACUGCAAAGUGACAAUGGUUCUGAAUUCACAGCUAAAUCCCAGAGUUAA